CACGCGCGAGCGCGUAAGAAUUUGUAUUUGAUCAACGUUGUUUUGGUUUGGUUUUGUGCAUAUAGUAAUAAAUAAAACUAACUUGUUUAAAUUAAUCAAGACGACGAUCAGUGAUGUUUUGCUGGUAAUGUUUAUAUUAAAGAGUAUCUUAUACAUUCCCGUAUUUAAGAAUCUGCGCUGUAUGAGCUUUACUACCGCUAUGCAGAAAAACAUGGAAAAAACAGACAAAUUUUACAACACUGACGCUUUAAAUGAGUUGUCCAAAGAAGACUUGGUGAAACUUGCCAUAAACUUUCAAGGUAAAUACCGACAAGUUUUAAAUAAAAACCAGAGUUCGAGCUCGAAGUUGCAACAAAUGAUAAAACGAUUCCAUCCGAGAAGAAAACGUAAGAUGACGAAGAUGGUUGAUUUCGAAUCUUGCAUGUAUAGAAGAAUAGCAUUGAAAGUUGCCUAUUUAGGCUGGGACUAUGAGGGCUUGCAAGAGAAUGAAAACUUGGAUGACACAAUUGAGCGCAUUCUACGAGAAGCUUUAAGAAGGGUGAGGCUCGUUCCUGCAGAUCGUUCUAUUUAUUUUUCCAGGUGCGGACGUACGGAUAAAGAAGUUAGUGCUUUCAGUCAAGUUAUUGUUGUAAAAGUGAGGUCACUUUUAGCAUCUGGGCCAGGUGUAAUAACCGCCAAUGUAGCUUAUCCUGCAGAAGAGGAGAACCAAGAGGAAGGGGAAGAAGAGGACUCUCAUGAUCCGAAACACUCAAAUCAAAAUUUUCUUCCGGAAGUUUCUGUUCCCGAAAAUAAUGGUGAUGUUGAAAUGACAGAUGGUGCAGAGCAAAGUAAAACUCCAGAAAUCAAUGACGAAAAUCCAAUUAAAAUUGAAGAAAAUGAAUAUGAGUUUACUGGGAUGCUUAAUCGUGUUCUACCCGCAGAAAUUAAGGUCCUGGCAUGGGCUCCAGUUGAGAAUGAAGAGUUUAGUGCGAGAAAGCAUUGCUUGGGUAGGGAGUAUCGAUAUUAUUUCCACAGAGGUAAUGCGGAUAUUACGGCGAUGAAUGAAGCGGCAAAGUUAUUCUGUGGGCUGCAUGAUUUUCGUAACUUCGGUAAAGUUAAUGUUGUGAAUUGUGUUAACUAUGUGCGGAGGAUCAACCAUUUUGAAAUUAGUUUUUGUGAUGAGGAAAAGGGAGCCGGACCGUAUCGCAUGUGCUUUGCAAGGAUUAUUGGAUCUGGGUUUAUUUAUCAUCAAGUAAGGAGCAUGAUGGCGGUUCUUUAUCUUAUUGGUGUUGGUCUUGAAAAGCCAGAAAUUAUCACUGAACUUUUUAAUAUUGAAAAGCAUCCAAAAAAGCCGUGGUUUGGCUUGGUUAAGCCGCAUGCGUUGGUGUUAUUCAACUCUAUCUACCCGGACCUUAAAUGGAGAAUUGUCAACCAAGAUGCACAACGUGUUUUAGAACAUUUUCAAAACUUCUGGGGAAACUUGGCCUUAAAAUCGCAUCUUACUUUUAAGCUUUUAAAGUUAGUCGAAAAUGAUGAAACAAUCGCUGUGGGUGGGGAAGAUGGUCAAACUCAUACAACUUACAAACAACUGGCAUGUGAUCUGCAGAGAGAUACAUUACUGCACGGCGUAAACAAAAAACUUCUGGUCGAUUGUUACAACCUGAAUAAGGAUAGCUAUAAAAAGAUAAUGGACCGUCCUGUAGGGAAGAGUUUGGAGGAACAUCUGGAAGUUGCGAGGAAGAAGAAGAGGAAGAUUGCCCCGAGUAAUUCAAACUUUAAACUUCCUCCAAUGGAGGUUGAAGCAACGGAAGAUAUUUCUUAAUAAAUAUUGUAAUGCAUUUGUGUCAUUAAAUUUAUUAAACUCAAACACUUUUAUCAACCCUAAUAUUUUAAUAGUGUCAAUAUGGUUUAUUUUUUGGGGGGAAUUAGUCUUUUAAAACUGAUGUUACUUUUAAUCUGCAGCAA